UCCACCACCCCCUAUUGUACUACCUAAUCCUAAUGGCCCUCCUCCACAAAAUUUUCUGCGGAACCAGCAAGCCUUGCUUGGCGUUGCGGGUCUAGUUGGCGGUAUUCGUCCUGCAAACCUCUCCGUUCAUCGCCCUUCCCGAGGCUCUACCCCAUCGAAUCCAAUCGUCGUUGAAGACGAGUUGAAUCCGCCUCCUUUAGGCAAAAAACCUCGUGUACCUGUUGUUGAUCCCGCCCAGCUGCCUACGCCAAGCAGUGAUGAUAUCAUCGCAUCUCUAAUGAGGCAAAAAAAUAUAUUCCCGGUAUUAGAAUCCUUAAUCAAGCUUGUAGCCCCCGGGACCGCUCUUCCACCACCACCCCCUCCGCCACCACCACCACCAGCAUAUUAUUACCCAACAGCUUACUAUCCAUCGUAUUAUCCAUUCCUGUACAGAAGUUCCAACGAUGGGCCAUCUUUGUUGAAAAGGCGCAAAUUAUCGAAUGUACCCGCGGGCGCCGCUGAUUGGGAUGUCCCCUAUCCAUUCCCAAUCAGGUGAAGGUCCAGCUGCAUAUCGUGCGAACUGGGAGCGUGAGCGUGGUCGGCAGCUUCUCACCCAACUAAUCACGCUGAUAAAGGGUGCAGCACAGAACGCUGCUCUGAAAAGUUAUUUUCAGCAGCUAAAGUCAGGAAGGAGGGAGGAAGAGCAGACGGUAUUGGGGGGUAAAGGACCGUCAGUGGCUAUGGAUGGGUCAGAUGAAGGGACAAAGGGUUUAUUAGAGAUGAUGGGGAAGCAGGAACAAGCAGUUACAUCGAUAGAUCAGACCGAGGGAGGCGGGAAGUCAUUGUUAACCGAGGCCACUAACAACGCGACAAACUCCGGGACGCAACAGCCGUCGACCCCCUUUGACCAGCUUAUAGCGUCAUUAAUAUCUGGAUCACAGACGGGAGUCGCAGAGAAUACCAGUCGCGCGUCGGGUUCCAGUACUCCUUCAGGUUCAAGUGAGGGGUGUACAACACCUAUUCCAGGAUCUUCGACACCGGGUUUUGAUCAACCUGCAUUUGAAAGGUGGUUGACUAUGCUGCAGGCAUACCCGCCUCCCCCGGAAACAACUGAACAAGGAACGACUGUUCCUGUUGAAAGGAGUACUAUGAACAACGGAGUUCCAAAUCGGAUUUGCCGGAGGCAGCCGCUGCAUUAGAAUCGUUUCAGUCCCAAUCUCUUCUGCAACAUACGAACUUAGAUUCACAGAUGGAAUCGUCUUCACAUCCUGCUACGGGUACAGCCUCGGGUAUAUCUGCAGAGGUUCCUAUCUGUGAUGCGCCUUCGAUUCAAGAUCAUGACAUCGAUCCGACCUUAUUAGCCAUCUCCAUUCAUGAAAGCAGCCAGCUUUCACAAUUGCAUUCACGGCAGUCGAUGUCUACUUCAUCCAGUGCUACAUCUCCCACACCGGACCUUGCAUUCUCCCCGCUGGCAUCUAUCAGCUCUCUCGCCGAUCCUCCGACGCCCAGCAGAGAUGAUUCACUUGCGGAACCUGGUGUAUAUAACGGUGAACAAGAUCCUCUCACUGCUGCAACUACAUUACUGCAAUUUGCGGCGACAUCCACACCGUCUAGUGCUACACCCAUGCCAUAUUGUCCAGUUUUGUCUACUUAUCAGCCUAACCAUCCGCAACCUUUGCAUAGUUCGUUCGGUCGAAAUUCCCAAGCGCAGGUGCCAUUGACCCAGAAGCGCACUUCCGUUGGGCCUGGUCGCGCAGCCCCGAGGAACGUCGGCAAUAAGGAAGACACUAUCCGUCGCGCAAGGGAGCGUCGAAGGCAGCUUGUCGCGGAGGUCGAGCGAGCCAAAGUGGAGCUUUGGGAGACCAGUAUUGAAGGGGGGGUGCUCAUGCAGUUAGCCAAGGAUAAUAUUUAGCAUAAAGUUGACAAACUAUUUUAGGCGGCCUGUUCCUAGGAAGCUUCCAUAUUCAAUUCUAAUGCAGUAUAAUGCCAGCGGUUGAC